AUGUCUAAUAUCAAUAUGUCGUAUCGUUCUCAUCACCAUCGCUUACGACUCUUUCAACAUUGUCAUCCGCCAAGAUUUGAAUCAACCAGGUUGGACGAUGGAAAUGAAAACUUACAUAGGUUUGAUUCCAGUUCUCAACUCUAUGUCAAUCAUGAAUCCGAACCAUUCCGUCGAAUCAGCAUGCAUCUAAAAAAAACAAAAGAAAUGCUCGAUGGUGCUAGCUUCACACCGAUUGUCAAAUCUUUAAAUAUCAAACGACUGAACGAUUAUCGACAUCAAAUAACCAAUACUUAUAAUUGGGUUGAUUAG